ACCAAAUCCAACAAAUUAUUACUUUAUUUUUUUAGCUAGUUUUGAAAUAUUGGCUUAGAUAGCAAGACUUAUCAAAUGCAUAUGCCAAUCACCUUUGCUUAUACCCCAAAGCACCCAACCAUAAACACUUAAUUUCUCUUCUCAUUUUCUUUAGAGAGAGUUUCUGUAAUCACUUCUGGCCUUUGCCACUGUAAAAGCCUUUCAAUGCUUCCUAAACAAGAAUAAUAGAAUGUGUAUGGGAAAGAGAGAGAAAGAGAGAGAGAGAGAGCUAAAUGUGGCCUCUCACUCUCUACUAACCUUAAUCAUUCUGUUGCUUUUUGCACUUUCUUAUUAAGCAUAAUAAAAUGAUCCCAGCUGCUUCAGCUCCUGCCAAAAUACUCAUAGCCAUCCCAUUAGACCCAGAUGAUAGUAAAGAGCUUCUCUCAUGGGCUAUCUCAGUUCUUGCUCGUCCCAAUGACGAAAUUAUCGCCAUUCAUGUGCUUGUUGGCAAGGAGACGAAGAAGCACCACGAGUUGAUAAAGAGAAAACGUUCACAGAUUCGCCAAGCAAAAGCACACGUCAUUUCAGUGCUUGGAGAAUUUGCCAGGACAUGCCAAUCUAAGCAGAUAAACUUGGAGGCCAGAGUGGGUAUUAGCUCUAGCAUUUCAAAAGGGCUAAUUCUGGAAGCAAAAUCUAUUUCAGCUAACUAUCUUGUUCUACGUGGCUUGAGAAGCAGAUCAAACAGAACUUGGCUUGAAGUUUUAAAGUAUUGUUUUAAGCAUGCGCCAGAAGAUUGUACAGUGGUUUCAAUCGGGAAACAUGAACAGCCUCUGCAAGAUUCUGAUUCAAAAGAAAUUAAGUCAAGUUCCAGGUGGUUGUGCAACCGAAGUGGCAGGGGUAGUGCCUCCCCUGUUGAGAAAGAGAUUGAAUCAAAAGUAAAGAGUCAAAAACCUUCACCAAGAUCUGUACUAGAUGGAGUUGAUGGAGAAUCUCACAGUACAGAAGAUGAUUCCAUCAGCUUUGAAGGCUCAAGCAUCACUACAGAUUCACCUCAAUUGCCUUCGAAAUUCAAAACCGAAUCCAAAACAAGAAAGCAAAUUUCUGCAUGCAAAAUUAUCUCCGCAAUCUUCACGUCACCUUUGAGAAAAAGACAGAGCAGUUUUCCCAACAAAGGAAAACAACAGCCUUUGCUCAAGUGCUUCACCUAUGAGGAGAUUGCCAAUGCCACUAAUAACUUCCACACAGACAAUAUAGUAGGUAGAGGAGGAUACUCGGAGGUAUAUAGAGGUGACCUUUCAGAUGGGAAAAGAAUUGCAGUGAAGAGUUUAGCCAAGGACAACAAGGAUGCUACAAAGGAGAAAGAGUUCCUUACAGAAUUGGGAAUCAUUGGUCAUGUCUGCCAUCCCAAUACUGCAAAGCUAGUUGGCUGCUGCAUAGAAAAUGGACUUUAUCUCAUUUUCGAUUUCUCUCAAAAUGGAAAUUUGGCUUCUGCAAUACAUGGAAAGACAAGCAAGUCCUUAGAAUGGGCAGUGAGAUUCAAGAUAAUUCUUGGAGUGGCUAGAGGUCUGCACUAUCUGCAUAAAUGCUGCAAGCACCGAAUAAUACACCGCGACAUAAAAGCCUCUAAUGUUCUUCUUGGACCCGAUUAUGAACCACAGAUCACAGAUUUUGGGUUGGCGAAAUGGCUACCUAACAAGUGGACUCACCAUGCUGUGAUUCCAAUAGAAGGUACAUUUGGGUACUUGGCACCAGAGUACUUCAUGCAUGGAAUCGUGGAUGAAAAAACUGAUGUUUUUUCAUUUGGAGUUCUGCUUUUGGAGAUUAUAUCUGGUCGGAGGCCUGUGGAUUCUUCCAAGCAAAACCUUCUCUUAUGGGCAAAGCCUCUAAUGGAAUCUGGAAAGAUCAGUGAAUUAGCUGAUCCAAAACUUGAAGGCAGAUUUGAUGAAGACCAAAUGUACAGAGCAGUGCUAACAGCUUCAUAUUGUGUGAGACAGUCGUCGGUGUGGCGUCCAUCAAUGAGUGAAGUGUUAGAGCUUCUAACUAGUGGUCAUGACUCUCAAGUUGCAAGAAGCUGGAGGAUGCCAAAGUUCACCUCUGAUGAAUUGAAUGAUUACUCCAUGGUAUUUGGAUAUGAAGUUCCUCUGGAUAUUGCUUUGGAGGAUUAUUUGUAGUUGUAUUUCUUUAUUUCCACCUCUCAAAAUUUUCCUUUUUUUUUUUUUUGGGAAUAUUAAUUAGUUGCUUGGUAAAAUGUUAGGAGCUCUUGGCUUGCAUUCGUAAGCCUAUGAUUGGUUGAAUAUAAUGCAAUUAAUGUAAUUAGUCAUAUAAUAUAAUGAAUGCCAUAAUGCACUGCAAUGUAAUUGUUAUUUUAUUACC